AUGCAAGCAAAUAAUAAACAUGAUAUUGGUCAUUUUCUUGGUAAGUCUGUUGACAAUACAUUAAAAUAUGAAAUGCUUAUUUCUCCAUGGAACCCUUGUAGUGCUUAUGAUUUUAAAGCAGAUAUUAGUGUUGGUAAAAGACCUUUUUUGUUAGCUCAGCCAUUUUUAAAGGAGCUUUUUGCAAAUUUACAGAGUGCUAAAAAUGUUAUAGCUAUUAUGGAUGGUAAAAAAAUAGAUGUACAUCAAAUAUUAAAUUCUUCAGUGAAAAAUGUAAUUGAAUCAAACAAUCGUAAACUGCAUUCAAUAAUUUCUUCUAUUAUUUUCCUUGGUGUACAUGGAAUACCAAUCAGAGGAAAAACUGAUGACACAGCUGUAUUUAAUAAUUUACUACAUUUUAGGGUUGAAAAUGGAGAUGAAAUUUUGAAUGAUCAUUUUAAAAAUAGUGCUAAAAAUGCAAAUUACAUGUCUCAUAGUAUACAAAAUGAACUUAUAAAAAGUAUAUUAAACAAAAUUAUUUCUAGUUUACAAGAAUGGGGUUUGGACCUAAAUAAAUUGGUAGGACAAGGAUAUGAUGGUGCUAGUACAAUAGCUGGACAUGUCAGUGGUGUACAAAAAAGAAUAAGAGACAAGUAUAAGAAAGCGUUGCUCCAAGUCUUACGAAGUUGUGUGUUACUAGGUGGUCGGAGUCACAUAAGGCAUUAA